CACUCCGGCAGGUCGCGAAGUGGGGUCGAGAAUUUGAAGCCCCGCACUGGUCACAACUCACUAGCACAGCUAACUACUCAGUUGCCGUCACGUCGCGCAGUUCCCUGCAAAAGCACGCCAGAAUGGAUAGAUAGCAAGAGCUCUCCGCUGCUCCAGCCGGGCUUCUCUCCGCCGAGUACCGAGAUAUAUAAACCCGUUCGUCGACCACUGAUUGCUGAUCGAACGGCCAAUUUCGGCAUUGAGACACCACCACCUGAUAAUAUACUCACUCAUCCGCUCCUGUGAAACAGCUGUUUGCGUCUCAAAGACUAUUUUUGGCCGUCAUGUCUCCCUCCACAAUCCGCACCAAGUCCCGCGUUUUCAAGAUCGUUACUAUACCCGGAGACGGCAUCGGCGUCGACAUCACAGAAGCCGCAGUUGCGGUCCUCCAGAAGCUCGCCGUAGUAUCCGGGACCUUCGAGUUUGAGUUUACUGAAAAGGACUGGAGCAGCAAGAAAUAUCAGGAAAGAGGCUACUACAUGCCGGAGGAUGGAUUAGAUCAGCUGAAGAAGUUCGAUGCCAUUUAUUUUGGAGCUGUUGGGUGGCCUGUACGAAUUGCUGAUUUGGGCCCGCGAACAGAUGUCCCAGAUCAUAUUUCCCUCUGGGGCCUCAUCCUUCCUAUCCGAAAUGCCCUCGGCCAAUACGUGAACGUCCGUCCAACUCGCGUCCUGCGAGGCAUAACAUCGCCAUUGAAGGACUGUGGUCCUGGCGACCUCGACUGGGUUAUCGUCAGAGAAAACUCUGAGGGCGAAUACGCUGGUCAUGGCGGAACAACGCACGGCGCCUUUUCCCACGCUGUAGCUACCGAAGUCUCUAUCUUCACACGCGUGGGCAUCGAGAGGAUAUUCCGCUUCGCCUUCGAGACUGCCAGGUCGCGCCCCAGAAAGAAGCUGACCAUGGUGACGAAGAGCAAUGCGCAAAGACACGGCAUGGUGCUUUGGGACAAGAUCUUCACCGAAAUAACCAAGGAGUAUCCAGAUGUUGAGACAGACAAGAUGCUUGUCGACGCGAUGACCGUGAGGAUGACCUUGCAUCCCAAAACGCUUGACACAAUUGUCGCGACCAAUUUGCAUGCAGACAUCCUCUCUGAUCUUGCGGCUGCACUGUCUGGUAGCAUUGGUAUUGCGCCCUCGAGCAACCUAGAUCCCAUGAGGGAGUUCCCAAGUAUGUUCGAGCCAAUUCACGGCUCAGCGCCCGAUAUCGCGGGGAAGGGUAUCGCGAACCCAAUUGGCGCAUUUUGGAGUGCGGCAGAGAUGGUAAGAUGGCUGGGAUUCACCGAAGCUGCAGACGGGUUAAUGGCAGCCAUUGAGAAUGUGACAGAGGCUGGAAUCAAGACAAAAGAUCUGGCAGGGGCGAGCGACACACAAACUGUAACAGAGGCCGUAUGCAAGGAGAUUGAGAAGGUUUUGCAGAAGUAG